UUAUCUCUGUUGCUCUUACUAUAUAACACCAUGUCGGUUACGUCUCUGCCUUUGAGUGCAGGUGAGGACACGUUCGAGCUGCACUCGGUGGAACUGGAGCUGGAGGCUGUGGAGAAGCAGAUCCGCGACCUACAGGUGAAGCAGGCCGAGCUGCGGGAGCGGAAAGCAGCGCUGGAAGCCCCCCGGUCUCAGGUAAACUCCCGGCAUUUAAUCACUACUCCUUCCACCUCUACUCCGUGUGUUUCUCUGUCCAGGCCCAACGCACCCAGGAAGUGGCCUGGCCAGGGGCAGUUCACUCCAGCGCCGGGGCACCGCGGAUCCUGGGUGCAGCAGCGGAGGACACGUGCCGGGCCCCGGUCGAGGACCUCUCCCCCUCCACCACCGCCGGUCUUCGAGAUCCCCACCCGGAACCGCUUCGCCCCCCUUCGUGAGACGGACCGCGACACUGUGAUCAUCGGAGACUCCAUCGUCCGCCACGUCCGUGCUACUGUGGCUAAAGGUAAGGCUCGCACUCACUGCUUACCUGGUGCCCGUGUUCUUGAUGUCGCUGCACAGGUACCUAGGGUCGUGAGCAGAAACACCGGAGCUGUGGUUCUUCACGCCGGCUCGAACGACACCAGCCUGAGGCAGUCGGAGAUCCUGAAGAGAGACUUCAAGACCCUGGUGGAGACGGUUCGCAGCACAGCGCCCACGGCGAGGAUCAUCGUGUCCGGACCACUUCCAACGUACCAGCGAGGAAUUGAAAGGUUUAGUAGACUUUUUGCUUUUAAUGAAUGGCUUCAGUCAUGGUGUCCGGCUCAGAAUCUACACUUUAUUGAUAACUGGAAUGUUUUCUGGGAGCGUCCUAGGCUAUUCCGCGCUGACGGCCUGCACCCCAGCAGAGUUGGAGCGGAGAUCCUCUCGGACCACAUCUCCAGGGCGCUGCACACCUUCUGACUGACACCCAUGCUAAGAUCGUCUUCCGUGCGUUGAAAUUUCUGGACCUCCACUGAGACAAGGCUGACUCUGUGAGAACCCUGAGACAUCUACAGAUCUACCGGCUCCAGUUGGACUCUGUGAUACUUGUAUAUUUGUAACCACACCAUCUAGUGUCACCCAUAUGAGGAUGGGUUCCCCAUGAGUCUGGUUCCUCUCAAGGUUUCUUCCUUUACCAAUCUAAGGGAGUUUUUCCUUGCCACUGUUGCCUGAGCCCUCAGACUUGCUCAUUGGGGACAAAUACACAUACACACAUACAUACAUACAUACACACUGUGAACUGUAUAUAUCUUGAAUUUUUAUUAUAUUAAUUCUUUAUACUUCUCCUUAUGUUUAUCUUUUGUUUUAUGUUUAUGUUCUGUAAAGCUGCUUUGUGACAAUGUCCAUUGUAAAAAGCGCUAUACAAAUAAACUUGA